CUGCCAAGCACAGAUAAAAGAAAAAGUAAAAAAACACAAAACAGCUGUAAUCACCGUAAAUAAACCAUUAAUUUGUUUGUUUAAUUCCUGAAAAUGUAUACAGUUACAGGUUCUAAUUUAUUCGGACAAUGGCUUGAAGAAGACCGUAUAAUCCCAGAAUUCCGACUACUCAAAGGUAACAACAUAAGUGAAUCCAACUCAAACGCUAAAUUAUGCGAAAUAAAUUGGUCUUAUAACAUCUAUAGAAAUGGUAGUGCGUUUUAUUUGACCGGUGACUGGAACGGCCAACAAAAUCAAUUAGUACGAAGGGUGGAAUUGCCCGAAGAUUGCAAUACUACGGAUGCUGAAUCAAAUCUGGCACUGGUUGGCAACGACUACAGUCUCAUACUGGUGGAUAAACGGGCUAACACUUUGUGGUUUAUUGAUUUAGAAGAUAACAGCAUCAAGAAAGUGAAUUUAAAUGUAGAGGCUCCAUUGGAAAACAGUUCGAAGAGGGCACGUCGGGAAAGUCAAAUACUUCAGGUAGUGACGACGAAUAUUUCUGUUUUGAUUCUUACCACUGAUGGAAGAGUGUACAGCGGCGUUAUGCCGAGCCUCCUGGAUACAAGUCACUGUAUGGGAAAAGUUGUGGAUGUCCAGUGUGGCUAUGAACACUAUAUGCUGCUUACAGAUGCAGGCAGAGUUUACACUUGGGGAAAUGGAAGGAGACUGCAACUGGGCCAUGGUGAUUUAGACAACCUUGAUGUACCCACUGAAGUUGAAGCUUUAGCGGGCAUUGAGAUAACAAAAAUUAGAGCUGGUGGAUGGCAUUGCUUUGCAUUGAGUGAGUUUGGAGACUUAUACACCUGGGGCUGGAAUGACACUGGCCAGUUGGGGGUCAAACAUGCUAAUUCUAAAGGAGUUAUGAACAAAGAAGGCUUAAAAAGCUAUCCUCUCCCAACAUUAGUUGAUGUACUGGAUGAGAAUGAUGAAGAAAUCCACUUGGAUAUCAAAGACGUGGGCUGUGGGUCCAGACACUCAGUAGUGAUGCUAGAGGACAACUCUCUCUGGACUUCUGGGCACAACAAUUAUGGACAACUGGGAUUUUCGCCAGAUGAUCAUCAGAAAUUGCACCAUCUCACAAAGGCAUUCCAAUGUGAAAAUGACACAGAGAUUCAAUGUGGCCCUUGGUCAACUGUGUUAGUCAAUACAAGUCGUGCCAUGUGGCAAUGAAGUAGAUUUUCACGCUAUGUAAAACCUACCUACCUAAAUAUUUAGUUUUAAGUACAAUGUAGCUAUUAGACAUAUAAAUAAAUGUUUUUAUUGGUUUAAGGUGGUUCUAUUCCCAAGCCGAACUUAAUUUCCUCCUGUAUUCUGUAGAAGUCGCUUCUACAAAUUAGAGAGUAUUGUAUUGACCAAGACGGCAAGAAAUUGCGUGCGGGUGAUAAAACGUAGUGGAAGAAGGACCUAAGUUAAUCCAAGGAAUUUGCAAUGUGAUCAUGGUCAAUGGCCAAGUUAUUUCAAAAAACGGUUAUUGACUGUUUGGAUAGUCUUCAAAGCCAUACAGCUUAUAAAAAAAAGUUAAUGACAUUGACAGUUCCAGUUUGUCAAUGUCAUUGUCAGAUGUUUACUUUUGGUUGAUGGUGGUCAAACUCGAAAGUAUUGAUUUUCUUCUGUGUUGCACUUGCAGUUUUAUUUGGAUACUGUAAACUGCGUGACAAAAUAAUAUACUGAACGGCGAUCGCAUCAUUGUUUUCUCCUGCCGAAUGGAUCAGCUCAAUUGAUUACCCCUGGAAGACUGUUCAGUAAGUACUUCUCGGCUUUUGCCGUAUUUAUUGGCGGCUAGUUGAACAACAUCAUGGCAACGGACGCGCAAGCAGCAAGAGAGCUCCUAAAGCAAGCUAGGAAGCUCUCUUCGACUGGAGGUUACAGCAAAGCAUUCGAUCAGUACAUACUGGCUUUCGAAAAAGAUCCGCGGGUGAAAGAGAGUUGCACUGCAGAGUUCCGCGUAGUGCUAAUCCGGCUUAAUGAGAUCCUCAUGAGCGCCGGCAAAAUUGAGGAUAUAUUCGCCAACUUUGCCAAGGCGGUUGAUGCAUUUCCCAGCAACUGCUUCCUACUGAAUGAUAUCGGCAAAUACCUUUACAAAUUCGGCUUCUACACUGAAUCAUGGUCCCACUUCCAAAAGGCACUGAAACUCAAUCCUACAUUUGUCAAUGCUGAAAAAAAUGUUAACUCCCUGAAAAAUGUGCUCUUUGAAAGAUGGCACUACAGAAUGUUGAAUGACAGGAUCCGCAAUGAUGCCUAUUUUAGUGCAAUAGAGGAGACUUCUAUUCCAUACAAAGACAGUGUCCUUGAUAUUGGCACAGGCACUGGGAUAUUAGCAAUGUUUGCAAGUGAGUUUUCUCCUACUGCUGUCACUGGUAUUGAAGCUUCAGAACUAAUGGCUUGGAUUGCUGAGUGUGUCACGCAAGGCAAUGGCAUGCCUGACAUUGUUAUAGUUAACAGGAUGUCUACUACAAUGAACUAUAGGGAUAUUGGUGGCAAGAGAUCUCUAGUGGUUACAGAGAUGUUUGACGCUGGUCUCUUUGGUGAGCAUGUUCUACGCACUCUAAAUCACGCCUGGGAGUACUUCACCAUCCCAACCACUCGAUUUAUCCCUAACAAAGCAGAAUUCUUUGUUGUUGCUGCUCGAUCAGACUCACUCCACAAAAAAUAUCAGCUUGGAGUAGCUGCUAAACAAUUACUGAAAAUCACUGAUAUGAAUGUCCAUAUUAUAUCAGAUGAUGAGCCAUAUGACUGUGAAGACAUUCCUUUCAUUGAAGAUGUUAAAUAUAUUUCUGAACCGCAAUCUCUGAUUCAAGUAGACUUCAAUGAUUAUCGUGAUGUCCAAGAAAAACUUAACCAUACUGAACCAUAUGAAGUAAAAUUUACUGCAAACGAAGAUAAUGAGAUCAAUUUAAUUAUAGGGUGGUUUAAUUUGUACCUCACAGAAAGCAUAACCCUAACGACAGAUCCAAGAGCUGAGACCAGGGCUACUGCCUGGCAGCAGGCUAUUUUUUACGAUAAUGUCCCAAAAAUUGUGAAGAAAGACCAAGUGAUUGAUGCUGAAUUUUUAUUGAAUGGUAGUAAACUUACGAUGCUGCCUUGGAGCGAAUCGUAUAUCACAAGGAUUUCCCCAGAAGCAAUCCGGUUCUUGAAUGAUGAGCACUUUAUGAAAACUAUUGGUUCAUGCAUUGGUAUGUCAUGCAUUUAUUUGGGGCAGAUGGCUGAUCUGUCUCAUAUAAAUAUUGUUGAUCUAUGCCCAUUCCCUAUGUUUGGGAUGCUCAUGCUUAAAAGGGGUGCUCAAUCUUUAACUUGUUAUGCUAAAACUGAAAAUGACCAUGCAUUCAUCAGGACAGUUUUAGAAAUCAAUAAAAUCGACUUAUCCAGGAUAAAUGUAUUGGAAGGAGAAGAAUGGAAUCAUGAAAUAUUUCGUGAUGAAAAAUUUCAUGCACUAUUCUGCAAUGUGAUUGAUUUAAGCGGGGAUAUUGAUUUGAGACUUAGUGAAAUUGCACUGCAGUUGAAGACUAAUAAUCUUAUGCCAGGAGGUUUGGUCAUGCCAGCUAACAUAAAACUGAUGGGCCAGAUAGUAAAUAGUCCAUGGUUGGAUGUAAACAACAGAGUGUAUGAUUCAAAUACAAAAACAUACAAAUUGGCUGAGCACAUCAACAGAUAUGAAGUGACUCAAAACUUUUGCAUUGAUUUCUCCAAUUUGCCAAACACCCCUUUGACAGAAGCAUGUUACAUUGGUCCACUGUAUAGUGGCUUAAGAACCGAUUUAGUAAAUUUUCCUGUUACCCACUCAGGAGAUGCAACUGCAAUCUUGUGUUGGUAUGAAAUUGAGCUUACUGAAGACAUCGGGGUCGUCUCUACGAACCGAACUGGCAGCUUCAUAGAUGGCACAUUAUUUUUGAUCAACCCACCAGUGAAAUUAGAAGCAGGAAAAGAAGCAUGCCUUGUUCGUACCAAUGAUGAGGAUGCAUCAUUCAAAAUGGCGUUUCAAAUUGAGGUUCCUGCAGAUGAAAAUUAAAAACAUCAAUCUACAUUUAAGAAUGUAUUAGAUCUCAUUUAUAGACGCUGAAUUUAAAUACUUAUCUUUAUAUUGAUUAUCAUUUUCUGCCUAAAAUAUUUUUGUUGACAAUAUUAAUUAAUUUCAAUUUUAAAUUCAAGUUUUACUUUUCAAAUGAUUUAUUUCAGAAACCAUUUUCCAUAGUGUUAGAUUCCAAUUUCAAC